AUGGUGAGACCCCAAGAUACGGCUUUGGCCCGAUUCUAUGGCCACCCUAAGGUGCGCAAAGACGGCGCUCCUCUCCGACCCAUCGUGUCGCUCAAAGGUACCACCACCACCACCACCACCACCACCACCACCACCACCACCACCACCACCACCACCACCACCACCACCACCAGGGGCGAGCAAAGACCCGAUGCCCUACCGUCGCCCACCACCACCUCCAUAAUCACUGUCGCAACCCCCGCGCCAGCGGCGACGGCGACUGCACGGAUGCUCAUGUGA